AUGUGCUGCAUCGGUGGCGACAGCAAUGAGAACAAAGUCCUGUCCUUGCUGCUCCAGAACGGCUGGCAAGUCGUGGACCAGAAGAACAAGGUGGGCGAGCGGGCAGAUGUCGUGGCCAAGCGCCUGGAUCCGAAAGGCCCGGUGGGACGGGUUCUGGGAUCACGGUCUCUGUCUUUCAAGGAGCCUCUUCGAGUCGAGGCACCGCUGCAACUGCUAGGGGAGGCGUCGCCAAAACCGUGGACCUGGCAGUAUCCGGUUCAGGACGAGCAGCGGCGGAGCUUUGCAGGGGUCAACUUUCGAGCUUUCUCGGCAGAGCAGUGUUCGCGUUGGAUGAACCUCCUGUUGGAGGAGGGCUGUUGGAUUCAGCUCCCGGGUGUGCCUCGCAAGGUGAUCUGGUAUGUUUCAGAGGACUGUGCUGAUGUCCCCUACCGCUACUCUGGCUUGGAGUUUCCCGCCACGGUCUAUCCACCCUUCAUGAAAGAGAUUUGCAAGGAGCUGUGCACGCUCUGCGGCAUACCGGAGGGCCAGUACCCGAAUUCUUGCAAUGUCAACGUUUACGACGAUGGCACUCAUGAGGUGGGUUGGCACAGCGACGAUGAAGUCUUGUUUCAGGGGUUGGCCUGCGACACUCGGAUCUUGUCACUUUCGCUGGGUUCGGCGCGAGACUUCAGCUGGAGACUUCAAGGCACCUCAGAAGCUCUGGGAUCAGUUCCUCUGGGCGAUGGCGAUGUAGCUACGAUGGAAGGUCUUUUCCAGAAGCACUACAAGCACGCAGUGCCUGCCACGAGCCAGCCUCGUGGAAAGAGGAUCAACCUUACUUUCCGGUGGAUCAGGGUCAAGGCCGAUGGCGUUGAUGCCGGUGCAACAGCACACAAGGACCUGCCAGAAACAGAAAGCGCCAAGACUCACUCACGUCCUCCCUUUGGCUGCGCUGCGCAAAGGCAGUGGCAGUCUGUAAUCUACGAUCCGGACUGUUUGAAGCAUCUUGUUGGGCCGCUGACAUCCGCCAGUGGCCUUCCGCAUUUUCUACCACGGCUGUUUCACAACGGCAUGUCCCUACCCCUUGUGGGUGUGACCAGUGGCAUCGACGCGACAGCCAUAGGCCAGGGCAACCAUGCAGCAGUGUGCUCAAUUUCGAUUUCGGCACGCUGGGGAAGUUUUCGGGUUCUUUUCUCGAUCUGCGCUGAAUCGCUCCAGGGCUCCAGAUUUGUCUUUUCGUGUCCAGGCGGAGGUCCUGGCUUGACGCUGUCCCGCCAGGAGCGGGAGGCCUUUAGGAUUUAG